AUGUCAUAAAAACAUAUUAUGAUCAAUUGAAAGAGAUUUUUCUAUUCUUCUCAAGUGCCGCUCUAAAGAACUGAUCAGUGGUGGGAGAAUGAUUUUGACCAUGCAGGGUAUAAAAAGUGAAAACCCCAUUUUUUAUAUUUGGGAGCUCUUAAUUUUAGCCAUUAAUGAUCUAGUUGCAGAGGGUCUUAUUGAAGAAGAGAAAUUAAAUUCGUUUAAUUUUCCUCUAUACCUACCAACUCUAGCAGAAAUAAAAUUCCUAAUUGAGAAGGAUGCUUCCUUCACUAUUGAUUGCUUGGAGGCUUCCCAAAUUCAUUGGACUGGAUAUAUUGGAAUGGAUGAUAAUGAUGAUGAGGAUAUUAAUAGUGCAGGGAACAAUGUUGCCAUGUGCAUGAGAGCUGGUCUUGAGCCUAUGCUCGUUAGCCACUUUGGUGAAGGAAUAAUUGAUGAAUUGUUCCACAGGUACAGCAACAAGAUUGCUCAUUCCAUGUCCACCUAUCCGGAGAAAGCAAAGUUCACUAGUGUUACUGUCUCCAUGCUCAUCGAUCUCUUCAUCAAAUUCGAAUCAUGCCGGCACCGCCUUCUUUAUUCGAAAAAAGCAACGCGGUGGUCACAUCCAAAGAAGGCGAAGGGGCAGUCACCUUCUUCAGAUCUGAAGAAGGUUACACGACAGCUACCUUCUUCUGUCUAG